UUGUUCCAACUAAUGCGACUUUUUUUGGGUCUGCAGGAAGGUGAAGGGGGACCCCAAAUGGGGAAGGGCUGCAUCCCUGGGGAGGUAGAAGGAGACACAGCUCCGAAGACCCCUGGCUGCACCUUCGGGGCUGCCGAAAGGCGGCCGGUCUUGUAGCAGACAGAACCAUUCGCCACCUGGCUGCAGAGCACUUGGGAAAUCAGGCCAGGAGGCCAUGGAAAAUCUGCUCCAAAUGCUUGAGAGAGACUCCGCCUUGUCCCAAGGAAGGAACAUAGAGGAGGAGGAAGAGGAGGAAGAGGAAGGCAUGACCUCCCGACUUCUGACAGCCAGGUCGCAGUCGGUGACCUUCAGGGACGUGGCUGUGGACUUUACCCGAGAAGAGUGGAGGCGGCUGGCCCCUGCCCAGAGGGACCUCUACAGGGACGUGAUGCUGGAGAACUACCACAACUUUGCUUCUCUGGGGCUUCCUGUUUUUAAACCAGAUAUGAUAUCCCAGUUGGAACGAGGAGAAGGACCCUGGACCCCGGAGGCUGAGAUCCCCCAAGUCACUUGUCCCGAGUCUCUUGUUCAAAGAAGAUUUGAAACCACGAACUCACCUUCGAAGCAAGGCAACUCUGUGGGAAGAUCGUGCAAAGAAAAAUUAACCAAAAACAGUCCCUGGGAUUCCAAGUUGGGAGAACCUUGGGAAUUUGAUGUCAGGUUGGAGAAGCAGAAGAACAGCAGUGGGGACAAAGAGGCCAGGGAAAUAACAGCCAUUCACAGGAAAACCUCUAAUGAGUUAAGUGCUCAGCAAUGUUAUACAUUGGUGAGAAGGUUUAGCCCAGAGUCAAUCCUUGUUCUGCAGCAGAAAGUUCCUGCAGGAAAAAUUAUCCAUAAAUAUGACAGGCUUGAAAAGAGCUUCAGACAGCUUUCUGAUCUAAAUAAACAGAAUAGAGUCCCCUUAGGGAAGAAGCUUUGUAAAUAUAACACAGGUAGGAAACCCUUCAGUUACCACUCUGAUCUCAUUCAGUAUCACAAAAUCCACACAGGAGAGAAACCCUUUGAGUGUAAUGAAUGUGGGAAAGCCUUCAGCCAGAAGGGACACCUUAUAGAUCAUCAGAGAAUUCACACUGGAGAAAAACCCUUUGCGUGUACUGAAUGUGGGAAAGCUUUUAGCCUUAGGGUAUGCCUUACUCUCCAUCAAAGAACUCAUACUGGGGAGAAACCCUAUAAAUGUAAUGAAUGUGGGAAAGCUUUCAGCCAGAGGGGACACCGAACUGAACACCAGAGAAUUCAUACUGGAGAGAAACCCUACAUCUGUAAUCAGUGUGGAAAAGCCUUUACCAAUAACUCCAUCCUACGGAAUCAUCAGCGGAUUCAUACUGGAGAAAAACCCUAUAAAUGUGAUGAAUGCGGGAAAACUUUCAACCAGAGGAGACCCCUUACUGAGCAUCAGAGAAUUCAUACUGGAGAAAAGCCUUUUGAGUGCACUGAAUGUGGGAAAGCUUUUAGCCGUAAGGUGUACCUUACAUUACAUCAAAGAAUUCAUACCGGAGAGAAGCCCUAUACAUGUAAUGAGUGUGGGAAAACCUUCAGUCAGAGGGGAGCCCUUAAACAGCAUCAGAGGAUUCAUACCGGUGAGAAACCUUUUGAAUGUACUGAAUGUGGGAAAGUUUUUAGUCAUAGGGUAUGCCUUACUAUGCACCAGAGAGUUCAUACCGGAGAGAAACCUUUUGAAUGUAAUGAAUGUGGAAAAGCCUUCAGCCAGCAUUCCAACCUUACUCUACACGAGAGAAUUCAUACUGGUGAGAAACCCUUUGAAUGUAAUGAAUGUGGGAAAACUUUCAGCCAGUUUUGUCACCUAAUUGAGCAUCAGAGAAUUCACACCGGAGAAAAACCCUUUGAAUGUAAUGUGUGUGGGAAAGCCUUCAAUCACAAGUGGCAGCUUACCGAACACCAGAGGAUUCACACUGGAGAGAAACCCUUUGAAUGUAAUGAAUGUGGGAAACACUUCAGCCAUAGGACGUCUUUUAUUAAUCAUCAGAGGAUUCAUACUGGAGAGAAACCCUAUGAAUGUAACGAAUGUGGAAAAGCCUUCAGCAACAAAUCAAGCCUUUGGAAUCAUAACAGAAUCCAUACUGGAGAGAAACCAUUUGAGUGUAAUGAAUGUGGAAAAGCCUUCAGUCAGAGAGGGCACCUUACUGCGCAUCAGAAAAUUCAUACCGGGGAGAAACCCUUUCAUUGUAAUGAGUGCGGCAAGCACUUUAGCCACAAGACUUCCUUUAUUCACCAUCAGAGAAUUCACACCGGAGAGAAACCCUACGAAUGCAAUGAAUGUGGGAAAGCCUUCAUCAGCAACUCAAACCUCCGAGGACAUCAGAGAAUUCACACUGGAGAAAAACCCUUCGAGUGUAACGAGUGCGGGAAGGCCUUUCGUCAGAGUUGCCACCUUACCGAACAUAAGAGAGUUCAUACUGGGAAGAAACCCUUUUCUUGCAACCAGUGUGGGAAAGCCUUUAGCACCAGCUCCACUCUGAGGAAGCAUCUCUGUAAGCAUCUUUGUAAACUUUAAAAUACUAUGAAUAUACAUCAUGGCAACGUGGUAAUGAUCAGCUAAGCCAUAUGGAAGGCAAACCCUUACGAUUAUGAUUAGGAAAAGAAGAAAUGACAGCAUGUAGUUCAUCACUCAUCAGACAUCCAUCAGAUGCUUCAUAUUGGAAAGUCAAGAUAUUUUGGUAUCAGCUACAAUAGUAUUUGGUCCAUUGAGAGAUAAAGAUCUCCAUGUCCUUUAUUCCUCCUUGUUACCUGCCAUCAGGCGAUAGUAGAUGUUAAUACAGCAAAUAUGUUGGGACAAGACCUGAACUAAUGUCUGAAAUUCCCCAAAAUCUGUUAGUAAAUCUCCUAAAAAUGUUAUUUAAUGAAGUAGCUCAAAUUAAAGAAUUUAUUAAGGAAUUAUUAAUAUAAAGUCAUUAAUAUUAAAGAAUAAAAGUGGGAAGAGAAAUGAUCUAAAA